CCAUAGCAACAGCAGCCUUUCCCAUAAUGAGCUGCAUCAUCUGAACUGAUGUCACAGCAUCAUGCAGCAGGUCAAACAAGGCAUCUCCUAGUAUUGCAUCCUACAGAUGUGCUGUAAACAUCAAAAGAAGACGGUGGGAGCAGGAGAUGGAAAUUGUCAUCAUAGACUGAUUUUAUUAGAACAUGGUGUUCUCCUGUCGUUUCUGGAAAACCACACUAAUAAAUAUAUAAAUCUGUGAUAUCUGUGAUGGGAAGAACCCCCACCUCCAGAAGUGGUGCCUCUGUGUGAUGUGCAACCUUCACUGUGCUGUUUUGGAAAGAAGUAAGGUUUAGACUUCUCCAUGUUAACCAUGAGCGUGACACUUUCCCCCCUGAGGUCACAGGACCUGGAUCCCAUGGCUACUGAUGCUUCACCGAUGGCCAUCAACUUGACACCCACCGUGGAACAGAGUGAGGGAGAAGAGGCGAUGAAGGAUGUGGACGCUGACCAGCAGUACGAAAAGCCACCCCCACUGCAUACAGGGGCCGACUGGAAGAUUGUCCUUCACUUACCUGAAAUUGAGACCUGGCUCCGGAUGACCUCAGAGAGGGUUCGGGACCUCACCUACUCAGUCCAGCAGGACUCCGACAGCAAGCAUGUGGAUGUUCAUCUAGUGCAGCUAAAGGACAUUUGCGAAGAUAUUUCCGAUCACGUUGAGCAAAUCCAUGCCCUCCUUGAGACUGAAUUCUCCCUGAAGCUGCUGUCCUACUCUGUCAACGUGAUUGUGGACAUCCACGCGGUGCAGCUCCUCUGGCACCAGCUCCGAGUCUCGGUGCUGGUUCUGCGGGAGCGCAUUCUACAGGGUCUGCAGGACGCCAAUGGCAACUACACCAGGCAGACGGACAUUCUGCAAGCUUUCUCCGAAGAGACAAAGGAGGGCCGGCUCGAUUCUCUAACGGAAGUGGAUGACUCAGGACAGUUAACUAUCAAAUGCUCUCAAAACUACUUGUCUCUGGAUUGUGGUAUUACUGCUUUCGAACUGUCUGACUACAGUCCAAGUGAGGAUUUACUCGGUGGACUGGGUGACGUGACCUCUAGCCAGGUCAAAACCAAGCCCUUUGACUCUUGGAGCUACAGUGAGAUGGAAAAGGAGUUCCCUGAGCUUAUCCGAAGUGUUGGGUUACUUACGGUGGCUGCUGACCCCAUCCCUUCCAACUGCAGUGAAGCAGUUAGUGAAGAGGCAUCUCAAAUGUCUCUUUCAGCAGAUGACAAAGGUGGAUGUGAGGAAAACAAUGUUUGCACAGUCGAGGAGCAACCAGGCUUCACGCAGGGGACGUCGUCUUCAGUGGAAGCUCUGCCAGUUGCUGUUCAGUCUUCUUCCGAGACUGUGAAGCAAGAGUCCAAUUCCUCCCCCCAACUUGGAGCCAAGAACCAACAGCCUCUUCCUUAUGAAAAUGCAACCCCGAAGCGGUCCAUCCGAGAUUGCUUUAAUUAUAACGAGGACUCUCCCACACAGCCCACAUUGCCAAAAAGAGGGCUUUUCCUUAAAGAGGAAACUUUCAAGAAUAAUCUGAAAGGCGCUGAUGGGAAGAAGCAGAUGGUGGACCUCAAGCCUGAGAUGAGCAGAAGCACUCCCUCACUGGUGGAGCCUCCUGACAGAUCCAAGCUUUGCCUGGUGUUACAGUCUUCCUACCCCAGCAGCCCUUCCGCUGCCAGCCAGUCCUAUGAGUGUUUGCACAAGAUGGGGGUUGGGAAUCUUGAAAACACAGUCAAAAGUCACAUUAAAGAAAUCUCCUCCAGCCUGGGAAGGCUUAACGACUGCCAUAAAGAGAAACCUCGACUUAAAAAGCCACAUAAGACCCUAGAAGAGGUGCCUCUGUGCCGACCACCUGAACGGGGGACUGGUUCAGGCAAACAGACUGAAAACACGAGCAGCUCAGCAGUGCCCAAUGGAAUUCUUCCUUGCACUUCCAAGGCCGUAGAGGGGCCAGACACAGAUUCUGCUUCCACAUCCUCACUUGAGCCGUGUAAUCAGAGAAGUUGCAAGGCCAGAUUCCCCGUGCAGUCAGAAACAUCCAGUUCGCUACCUUGUACUCAAAGCAGUGAAUCCACUGCUGGCUCAGACAAUAUUAUGUCCCCGGGACCCCUUCUUUUAAAACACAAAAGCCAAAAAAGUUACUCCUCCUCUCCAAGUCAUGUCACCAGGAAUGGUCAGGUUGUGGAGGCCUGGUAUGGCUCCGAUGAAUACCUGGCACUGCCCUCUCACCUGAAGCAGACAGAAAUACUAGCUUUGAAGUUGGAAAACUUGACAAAGCUUCUGCCUCAGAAACCCAGAGCAGAAAUGAUUCAGAAUAUUGAUGACUGGGAACUGUCUGAAAUGAAUUCAGAUUCUGAGAUCUACCCAACGUACCAUGUCAAGAAGAAGCAUACGAGGCUCGGCAGGGUGUCACCAAGCUCAUCCAGUGACAUAGCCUCUUCGCUGGGGGAAAGCAUUGAAUCUGGGCCCCUGAGUGACAUACUUUCUGACGAGGAGCUGUGUAUGCCUCUCUCUGGUGUGAAAAAAUACAUUGACCUGAAGUCAGAGAGAGCUUCCUCUGAGAAAAAUGAGAGCCAUUCCACCACGAAAUCUGCUUUAAUUCAGAAACUGAUGCAAGAUAUUCAGCAUCAAGACAACUAUGAAGCCAUAUGGGACAAAAUAGAGGGGUUUGUAAACAAGCUGGAUGAAUUCAUUCAAUGGUUAAACGAAGCCAUGGAAACUACAGAGAACUGGACACCCCCUAAAGCAGAGAUGGAUGGUCUCAGACUCUACCUGGAGACACACUUGAGUUUUAAGUUGAAUGUAGACAGUCAUUGUGCUCUCAAGGAAGCUGUGGAGGAGGAAGGACACCAACUCCUCGAGCUCAUUGCAUCUCACAAAGCAGAAGGACUAAAGGACAUGCUGCGGAUGAUUGCAAGUCAGUGGAAGGAGCUGCAGAGGCAAAUCAAAAGGCAGCACAGCUGGAUUCUCAGGGCUCUGGAUACCAUCAAAGCCGAGAUUCUGGCUACUGAUGUGUCUGUGGAGGAUGAGGAAGGGACUGGAAGCCCCAAGGCUGAGGUUCAACUAUGCUACCUGGAAGCCCAAAGAGAUGCCAUUGAGCAGAUGUCCCUCAAGCUGUACAGUGAGCAGUAUACCAACAGCAGCAAGAGGAAAGAAGAGUUUGCGGAUAUGUCAAAAGUUCAUUCAGUGGGAGGCAAUGGGCUUCUGGACUUUGAUUCAGAAUAUCAGGAGCUCUGGGAUUGGCUGAUUGACAUGGAGUCCCUCGUGAUGGACAGCCAUGACCUGAUGAUGUCAGAGGAGCAGCAGCAGCAUCUUUACAAGCGAUACAGUGUGGAAAUGUCCAUCAGGGACCUGAAAAAGACAGAGCUGCUUAGUAAGGUUGAAGCUUUGAAGAAAGGUGGCGUUUUACUACCAAAUGAUCUCCUUGAAAAAGUGGAUUCAAUUAAUGAAAAAUGGGAACUGCUUGGGAAAACCCUAGGAGAGAAGAUCCAGGACACAGUGGCAGGGCACAGUGCGUCGGGGUCACGUGACCUGCUCUCUCCUGAAAGCGGAAGCCUGGUAAGGCAGCUGGAGGUCAGGAUUAAAGAACUGAAAGGGUGGCUGAGAGAUACAGAGCUUUUCAUCUUCAAUUCCUGUCUGAGACAAGAAAAGGAAGGAACAAUGAAUGCUGAGAAACAACUGCAAUACUUUAAGUCCCUCUGUUGUGAGAUCAAGCAGCGACGUCGCGGAGUAGCCUCCAUCCUGCGAUUAUGUCAGCAUCUCCUGGAUGAUGGCGAGACCUGCAAUCUGAAUGCAGACCACCAGCCCAUGCAGCUGAUCAUCGUAAAUCUUGAAAGAAGGUGGGAAGCCAUUGUCAUGCAAGCUGUCCAGUGGCAAACACGGCUACAAAGGAAGAUGGGAAAGGAGUCUGAGACGUUGAAUGUGAUUGAUCCUGGCUUGAUGGACCUAAAUGGGACCAGCGAAGAUGCCCUGGAAUGGGAUGAAACUGAUAUAAGUAACAAGUUAAUUAGUUUGAAUGAAGACUCAAAUGACCUUGACCAAGAACCCCGACCUGUCAUGCCUUCCUUAAAACUUGAAGAGACAGGUAGUGAGGACCCUGGUUAUGAGGAAGAGGCUGGUGACACCGGGGGAUCUCAGUAUGCCACAAGUAUCACCGCCCCCUCCAGUCCACACAUUUACCAAGUAUACAGCCUCCACAAUGUGAAACUCUAUGAGGACAACCACAUGCCCUUCCUGAAAAACAAUCCAAAGUUCACCAGCCUGCCACAGCCUACUGCUUUAACUAAGAGUCUCAGUAAAGACUCUUCGUUUUCAUCUACCAAAUCUUUGCCAGAUCUUCUGGGCAGUUCCAAUUUGGUGAAGCCCUGCCCAUGCCAUGGAGGAGACCUGAGCCAGAAUUCAGGCAGUGAGAGUGGAAUCGUCAGUGAGGGAGACACUGAAACCACUACCAACUCUGAAAUGUGCUUGCUCAAUGUGCUAGAUGGUUCCCCAAGUAACCCUGAAACUGAACAUCUGGACCCACAAAUGGGAGAUGCAGUUAACAUGUUAAAGCAAAAAAUUAAAGAGGAGGAGGAACGCAUUAAGCUUCCAAAUAGCUCUCAGUCAUCUAUUUCACCAGUGGGUUGUGUAAAUGGAAAAGUUGGAGAUUUAAACAGUGUUACCAAACAUACCCCUGAUUGUUUGGGAGAAGAAUUACAAGGAAAGCAUGAUGUGUUUACAUGUUAUGAUUACUCGUACCUCCAAGGCUCAAAACUCAAAUUACCAAUGAUAAUGAAACAGUCACAAAGUGAAAAAGCACAUGUGGAGGAUCCCCUGCUUCAUGGCUUUUAUUUUGAUAAAAAAUCCUGCAAAUCUAAACAUCAGGCUACAGAGUUACAACCAGAUGCACCGCCCCAUGAAAGGAUUUUGGCAAGUGCAUCCCAUGAGAUGGAUCGCAAUUCAUAUAAAAGUGGUGAUGUAGAGAAGACAUUCACUGGCAUGCAGAAUGCCAAACAAUUCUCCCUUUUAUCUCAUAGUUCGUCUAUUGAGUCCCUUUCUCCGGGGGGGGAUUUAUUUGGAUUGGGCAUCUUUAAAAACGGAAGUGACAGCCUCCAGCGAAGCACUUCUUUAGAAAGUUGGUUGACAUCCUAUAAAAGCAAUGAAGAUCUUUUUAGCUGUCACAGCUCUGGGGACAUCAGCGUGAGCAGUGGCUCAGUUGGUGAACUGAGUAAACGGACAUUAGAUCUCUUGAAUCGUUUGGAGAAUAUCCAGAGCCCCUCAGAGCAAAAGAUAAAGCGAAGUAUUUCCGAUAUCACUCUCCAAAGCAGUUCCCAAAAGAUGUCCUUUACUGGCCAGCUGUCAUUGGACAUAGCAUCUUCUAUCAAUGAAGACUCGCCAGCAUCCCUUACAGAACUCAGCAGCAGUGACGAGCUCUCUCUUUGCUCAGAGGACAUCGUGUUACACAAGAACAAGAUCCCGGAAUCAAAUGCAUCAUUCAGGAAGCGCCUGACUCGUUCAGUGGCUGAUGAAAGCGAUGUCAAUGUCAGUAUGAUUGUCAAUGUCUCUUGCACCUCUGCUUGCACUGAUGAUGAAGAUGACAGUGACCUCCUCUCCAGCUCUACCCUCACCUUGACAGAAGAAGAGCUGUGCAUCAAAGAUGAGGAUGAUGAUUCCAGUAUUGGAACAGAUGAUGAAAUUUAUGAAGAAUGCAACUUGAUGUCAGGGCUGGACUAUAUAAAGAAUGAACUACAGACCUGGAUUAGACCAAAGUUUUCCUUGACAAGAGAUAAGAGAAGGUGUAAUCUCAGUGAUGAAAUAAGAGGCAGUAAGGAUUUAAGUAGUAGUGAGAUGACUGGUUCCUCUGAUACCCGGAACAAUGAGGCCCUUCUAAAUGGCUCCAUAAAACGUUUCUUUGAAAAUAACGGAAAUGGUAAGAAUUUAUCCCUCACCUGUGAGUUAGGGACAAAGGGUGAAAAUAAGACAAAUAUUUUCAAAGUGAAUAAAGAUCCGUAUGUGGCUGACAUGGAAAAUGGCAAUAUAGAAAGUACUCCAGAAAGACAGGAGGACAAACUUAAUGGGAUUUCAAAGGAAUUGGAAAAUCGUGGUUCAACCGGGAAAAGCGUUUCAGAGAGUGAGCAUUGUAAGUGUAAAGCAUUUAUGGAGAGCUCAGAUGAUUCAAACAUUGCUGGAAAGGAAAGUGUCCCCCACACUGUUAGACAUCUUCCAAAGAAAUGUCAAAACCACCACCAUUUUGAAAAUCAAAAGGCUGCUUCUACUCCCGCUGAGAAGUCCUGCCCAGAACUGCCUUCAGAAACCAGAGUCACCAAUCGACAGGACUCUGAUAUACUGAGAUCUUCAUCUAAUGAUGCGCCAAGUAUGGCUGGAAAAUCUUCUGGUUGCUGCCUUGCACUUGAAAAAAAUGACACAGAGGAAAAUACCUCUAUCAGCGACAUUUCCUGUUGCGACUGUGAGCCAGAUGUUUUCCAUCCAAAAGAUGCUGAAGAUUGUUCAGUCCAUGACUUUGUGAAAGAAAUCAUUGACAUGGCUUCCACUGCCCUCAAAAGUAAAUCUCAACCUGAAAAUGAGGCCACUGCUCCUACUUCGUUAGCUCAAAUCAAAGAGAAAGUGUUGGAACAUUCUCACCGACCCAUCCAGCUGAGAAAAGGGGACUUUUAUUCAUACUUAUCUCUCUCAUCUCACGAUAGUGACUGUGGUGAGGUCACCAGUUACAUAGAAGAGAAGAGCAACACUCCUUUGCCCCUGGACGUGACCGACUCUGGCCUAGAAGACAAAGAAGACAUUGAGUGCUUCUUCGAGGCCUGUAUUGAGGAUGACCCUGAUGGAGAUGAGCCCAGUUUCUCCAGCGAGCCUCCUGCAGAUGACCCUGCAGGUCCUGGUGAGGCCACAGUGCCAUUACCAGCAGGAGCAGGCUCCUCCAGAUCCAGCGACAUUUCUCUCUUAGCUGAUGAUGCCGACACGGUGGCUCUUUCAAGUCCUCCCCCUCAAAAAGGAUCUGACAUUGCAGAGGAAGGGGAUGGUUUGCCCCAAGCUUCCAAUGUCUGUGGAGAAAGCUCAGCGUCGACUGCUCCUUCAAGACUGGGCAGUGAAAAUGAAAGUUCAGAAAAGCCAGGUGAAUCUGGAAUGCCAGAAGAACAUAAUGCUGCUUCAGCCAACUCUAGAGUUCCAGGACUCUCCUCAAAGGUACAGCAGCCAAAAGACAAGGCUGCAUUGCAUCCUAACCCCAAAACUUUAACCUGUGAAGAAAAUCUUCUAAACCUUGAUGAAGAGCGACAUAUAAAUAUGCAUAGGUAGAAUGUAACCCCUCCAAGCAUGAAAAUCAUCUCAUUGAAAGGUACGCCUGGCUGCAACUCUGGGGUGGCCUCAUGCUCCCACCCCGGGCUGGUCUCUGCUCCAUCACGUCACUGCCGUUUGUUACACUGAACUCUCCCAAGAUGACCCUUGCUUCCGAAUGCAGUUUGUCCACAUGAGCCUUGUGAUCUGGAUGUGUGCACUGGUUCUCUUGAGGUGACUGUCUCUGAAGCUGCUUGUUCUCCCGUGGGUUCCUGUCCCAAGCUACCUCUACCAGCCCCGCCUCUCCAGCAAGACUGUUCUGUUUGCGUCCUCCCCUCCCCGUCUGCUCCUUAAAGUUCUGCAGCUCACCAAAUUGAUGGUCCAUUAAAUUCACCUGUCUGGAAUGAACCCCUGCCAGUAUUUGACCAAGUUCAUGUUCAAUCUGAAUUUUUUUUUUGGUAAUGGUAGGAUGCCUAUGUUUAUUGAAAUACAAUUUUACCUAAAAGGCCAACAUUUGAUUUGAUUGCAGCAUAGAGAAGAAACGCUGGUCCUUCUUUCAAAAUUAAGCAACUUUUAAAAGCGCCAUUUUAUUUCUUUUAUUUAAAAAAUAAUAAUCUAUGCAGCACUUCAAGAAACAACUGUAUGGUGUUGUAUAUUAUAAACUGGUGACAUUGUACUAUUAAAUUAUGUACAACAUUUUCGUUUUUUAUGCUUCUUGAGGUGGUAAUGAGAAAAAGUUUUUUAAAAAAAGUGUGCCUUGCUGUAUUUCUUAUACCAUUUAUUAAAAAGCUGCUUUCACGGUAAAAUUAGGUUGGUUUGAAAGGAGGAAAUAGCAAGGUUAAGAUGUGUGAAUAAUUUCUGUAUAUAUGUAUAACCAAGUACAAACACUGAUGUAUAAUGACAGUAUGAAAUGCUUUCAUGUUUGUGAUGUCUAGUGAUGUGGAAAAUAUAAGCCUUAAAUCCAUUAGAUUGCAUGGUAAUUAAAAUUGGCAUAAUAAACAUAGCUUAUUAGGGGAAAAGGAAAAUUAGUGAUCUCUUCUACCUGUGUUCUUUACCAAAUUAUUGCAUCUGGUUCUGGAAAAUAUAUAACAUGUCGCAGCUUCCACAAUAUUUAUAUUGCAUAAGAGGCUUAAAAUUACUUAAACUAGAGUCUACACAUGAAGACUUCACAAUUUUCAAAAUCGUUCUGAUCACUAUAAAGAUCUUGGAACACAAAUGAUUAAAUGCCAGUUCCCCUAAACCCGUAAAAAUAUAUCCUUUUAUUUUUUAAAUUUUUACAUAUCAUUAAUGGUUUAAUGUUGGCUUUCAGGAUACUUAGUACAUCUUAUAUUUCUUUUAUAUAAUUCUUUUGAAUGUGUUUGAUAGAAAGAUGGUAGAAAAGUAUAGAAAAUUUGACUCUUAUUUUCAUUUAGACCAUAAAUUUCACGUGUAUUUAUUUUGUGUAAAAGAAAUUAGUUAAGAAAUAUUCCAUUUGGUCUUUACUGCUCUUGUUACAUGCAGUUAUUAAUUUAUGUUCUAACACCUACUAAAGUGCCUGACACGGUAGGUAUUCAAUAAAAAUUUGUUGAAGUAUUGAAUUAGGUAAUAUUGAUGACAUUUAUCUCUUCCUUUUGAGAGACCCACUCUAAAACAUGUAAACAACUAGGAAAAGAUACAAUGCAAUUAGAAAACCACACCAUGUAUAAUCAAUUGAUAUCAAAUUUCAAAAGGAAAUAAUGUUAUGGAGUCAUAUAGUCACAGAAAUGACAAUCAUUCAUCCAACUGAUAGUUUAUUAACACUUUUAAUCUGUAAGGCAUUCUUAGUUGCAGGGGAUGCAAUGAUGAAUGUACUCCCUCAGGAGGCUUACCUACAUUACAAGGAAGUGAACACACACAUGAGAUGCACUAGUUGUCCUGCAGGUAAGGGAGAAAGCAAAGUGAUGAAAGAGGCACAAAGACAGAAGCAGCAACGAGGGACAAAGAGAAAGAAACGGGCUACAGGAGAGCAGAAAGUGAGACAAUAGACAUUAGUGAAGCCUAUUGCAGGAGUAUAGGAGAAAAGGUAAGUUGGGAGACUUAAUGAAGGGCCUUCUAAAUGGUUAAGUUGGAGCUUUUGUGUGUGACAUGCUAGAUAGUAAGGAAAUGUUGUACAGGCUUUGUUUUGCACCUGAUUUUAUUUAUCAUUAGAUCUUUAUUAAUAGUGCACCAAGAACAUUUUAAAAAUACUAGUCUAUAAUUCUACCAUUCUACUGGCUAUUUGCAUUUUCCUGCCCCUUCUAAUCUUUUCCAUCCAUAUUUCUAAAUUGAUGAAUCAUUUUAGACUUUUGAAUAGCAAGGGGUUUUAGGCGGACAUCUAGUUGCAGUGCUCAAAAUGAUUACAGGGGGAAGAGAUUAGAGAUAAGGUCUUGUUAGGAGGCAGCUGUAGAAAAUAAGCUAGGCUUGAGAGGAUAACAGAAGAUAACAGGGACAGUGGCCCAAGACGUAGAGAAAGAACAAAUCCUAGUAUCUUUGAAAUACCUAUGAGCAUUCUGGAUCUCUGUUGAGGUACGUUAUCUUUUUAUAUACUGAGACAACCUACAUUUGUCUUGAGUAGUAACUAAUGCCAAGUUUACGUCUCUUGGUAAAACAUUCAAAGAACAACCAGAUCGUGAUAUUGUUGUUUACCUGUGGUAUGCUCAUUGAAGACCUUCAGGUAUUGAAAAUAUUUGCUUGUUAACAAUCUACUUAGUAUUAACACUGAAUUUGUAGAAUGACUUUCAGGUUUAUUGAACAAAGUUUAUCCAGGUUGGAAGGGACGGAAUAGCCUCAAAUCUCUUGGUCUAUGUAGGCGCUACCUCCCCAGUCACCCUUGAAAAUGGUCACACCAGCUCAGUCUGCACACUUCCAGUGACAGUGGUUUAUUAUCUGUUAAGGCAAGCUGUCCCACUGUUGGGCGUGUCUCUUUGUUAGAAUGUUAUUUCUUAGGUUGCGAAAUUCUGCAUAGGACCCCUUUCCCCCAUCUUUAAUUUUGCUCACUGGCCCUAAUUCUUUCCUGAUGAACUGCUCAGAGGAUUUCUACCCCUUCUUUCUUUGGUAUCCCUGAAGAUAAUUGAGGCCAGUUACUCAUCCUCUCCCAGCUGCUAUGAUUUUUGUUCUUUAAUUCCUUCAACAGCCCUUCAUAUGUCAGGAUUCUCAGAUCUAUUUCAACCUGAGUGAAUGUUAACAGACAGAAUCCUUGAAAUUUGGGGAGCUGUCUUCAUCAUCAUAUAUGUAGAAAAGUAUCUGAACAUUUAAGUGGUAAGUUUUCUCUAAAAAUAUAUUCAAGAUAUAUGUUUAUUCUAUUAUUGUAAAUUUCAAUAAAUAAAUAAAUAAAUACGUAAAUAAAUAAAUAAGAAUCCAUUACUUCCUUCAGUGGCCCAGUCCAGUGCCAGAGUCAUCAUGAAUCUUUUCCUUACAUCACAUCCAAAGCUUACCAGGGAGGGUCCCCCUCCAUUUAUUUAUUCAUUUAUUCAUUCAGUCAUUCAACAAACAUUCAUUGAGUAGCUACUUGUGUGAGGCACUGUUUGGCUUUAGAGAUACAAAGAUAACUAAAACAUGGUCUCUGCCUACAAAGGUUUACAGCUUUUCUUGUGAAAGUGCCUUUGACGUCCUUGAAUAGAUUGAUUUCUCCAAAUUAAAUGAUGACCCAUUGAUUUUGUUUCCUAUCUAGUUUCUCUACAUUUAAAAAAGCCUAGUGAGCAAAAAUAGUAUGCAGAAUUAUCUGGAUCUGACUACUAGAAGAAGUGAAGUGUUUUUUGUAUUUGAAAGUUUUAAUUACAGAAAAAAUAUAUUUUGGAUCUCUGGUCAUUGAUUAAAUAUGCAUCUUACACAACAACAGAACAAUCUAAAUUCAGGGCUUUUGAGAAGCUGAGUUUGAAAUGUUGUUGUGUUUGGUUCGUCCACCUUAGGUUUUACCCAUG